AUAAGCUGAGUACGCCUUGUUGAGCCAGAGGGGCAGGAGAAACCUCCUGACACGCAUUUACUUUCAUUCUGCUGGCCUCACCCACAAACUACACACACACACACACACACACACUCUCACUCUCUCUCACACUCUGUCUCUCUUUUGAAUUCUUCCAGCAGUUUCAGGCUACAGGACGACUUACAACUCAACACAAAGGUCAUCAAGCAAACAUGAAGGAUAAAAUAAAGAGAGGAGGAGGAAGUCAGGCCAAGGCUGAUGUACUCACUUUGACUGGUAGAAAUGAUGCUGUUGAUAUUAAAGACAACGGGGACACAUCCUUCACUGUGAAGAUCCAAGGAGCUGGAGUCGAGCCAUUUGAGCUGCAGGUCCAUGGAUUUUGGCUUGUUCAAGAUGCAGUAAUGUCUCUGCUUCCAAGGGAAGAGAUAUGCCCGCGCUCAAACCUGUCACUAGCUCUAGCUGGUACCACUCUGGAUCCUCUUGUAGAACUGAAAAGCGUGAAGGGGCUUAAAGCAGGGUCGAUUCUUCGCCUGGUUGAAGAACCCUACAAUGGCUGCUCAGCGAGGCACCAUCUGGCUCGUGUACUGGAGCUCCUGAGAGCACCAAGACCUCAGGAUGCUCUGAGAGAAGGAUGCUCACCCAGCGUACUGGAGACGAUCACACAUACACACUCAGCAGACUCUGGCUUAAAUGGGAAGAAUGUGAAACGCUCAUCAAGCAACACUAAAACAGAAUCUGGCAACUACGAUGGAGGUCCUCCUGAGUACCUGCUCCCAGGUUCCCUAGAAAGACCACUGAUGGCCCUGCUUCCACACAGCUCCCAGUCAGAGGCUCCGAGUCACCUGAGGGACUUGUCUCUCAGCUGCUGGAACCCGCCUCCAGGACACAGAAAGCUACAGGGAGACUUCCUGUACAUCACCGUGGUUACAAUGGAGGGACGACGAUGUGACAUCACCUCGUGUCCAAAAGGUUUCUAUCUCAACAGGUCUACAGAAGAAGUGUUUGAUCCCCGCCCUGCACAGUCUUCCUCGGUUUAUCACUGUUUUACUGACCUGCUUGCUCACAUCAGCCCUGCCUUCAAACAAAGUUUUACCACUUUUAAAACCAGGUCUCAGUUACCACCAGUGGAGACAACUGCCACUCCUUAUCCCACCUUGAGCUGGCUGGGGCCUCCCUGUGCCUCCCGUACUCACAAAAACACCUUCAGCAGACUGGGACUGGACGAGCAGGCGCAGGCUCCGGACUGGAAUGAAGAGCUGCAGGCAGCCAGAGAUAUGCCUCAAAGAAGCGUGGAAGAGAGACUGCAGAGAGACAGAGCAUUGCUCCAGGUAAAUAGUGCAUUUGUGAGGGCUGUGAUUCAAGGAGCAGAAAGUGUAAUAGAUGGCUUUGUAGAACCAAUCAAUGGAAACCCUGAGGACCCAGCAUUCCUGUGGGGGGGCCUUUUCAUGAGCCAAGGAGUAAGUUCUCUGUUUGUUGGGGAGCGGAGCCGCAGGGCUGCUCAGAAGCUGGAGCUUAAAGGAGUGCAGGCUUACAGUAACUUAGAGCUAAGGUUACCAGGACUACACACUCUUCCCACGGCCAUCGUAGACUACAGAGGUAUUCGCCUGUCUGCCCAGGGAUUCGCCCCUGGCUUUGAAGGAUCUGACCAGGACCGCGGGUCUCCUCCAUCCUCAAGAGGCUUGCUGUAUGGGAUAAAUGCAGGUCCCCAAGAGUCCCCCCAACGUAGACACCUGCUAGAACUGUUGGCUCAUGCUGCCAAAGCUCUUUCUAUCCAAAAAAAUGUUGUUGUGGCACCCAGCGGUCAAAAAGUACCGCUGUUCACAUCCGUGGAUGCUCAGGGACUGGUGGGCGCUGAUGGUAGGUUUUACCUACUAGAUGUGUUUAGGAGCUUCCCGCCUGAUGUCAACUACCAUUCAGGGGUGGAGCAAAAGAGCGACGAAGUCCCUGAACAAGAAGAGAAGAAAAAAAGCUGCAAAGUCAAAGAGAGAGACUGCAAGAAAGAGGAAAGCUCACAACAGAAUGAUCACUCAGAUUUGGGACCUCCACAAAGUUUUCCUCAUGGUCUCUGUAGGCUACGGCCAGAGUUGGUGCAGAUCUUCAUCCAGCACAAACAUUCCCAGUUCACUCAAAUUGUCAAAAAGAAGUUGGAGGAGAAUGGAGACUCUGAAGCAGCUUCUGGCUCCCCAGGCAGUGCUGCAGUACGAGCUGCAUGUAAAGAAGUGGGCUCGCUCAGUAACAUCAUCUUUGAGAUGCGCUUCAACCCAAACAUGUUCUGUCCAGGACUGUCUUUCCCAAGUAGCGAAAGUGAGUCAAGGAAGCUGCAGGAGAGGUUACUGAAGGAAGCUGCAGCUUUUAUUAUCACACAUCAGAUACCAGCCUUUCUAGAGCACUGCCUGAAAACCAGUGACGCUCCAAUGGAUGGAACUACUUUGAAGCAGGCACUACACCAAACAGGCAUCAAUCUUCGAUAUCUAGGUCACGUGAUCAAAGCCAUUAGCCAAUCAGAACACAGAGAGCGCCUGAGGCAUAUAAUGAGAGUGGUCAUAGGUGAAAUUUUCAUCCGCUCAACAAAAAGAGUAUUCAACAGUUUUGUCCAGGGUGUGGACGUGUCUAGUCUCUCUGCAGCUGUCAGCCACUUCCUCUGUUGCCUGUUGGCUCCCCACUUUACACCCAGUGUUGUUGGGGAGGAGACAAAAAAAAAGUCAAGGCGGCGUGGCCGAGGGUCCGGGGCCACUGAAAGCACACCCUGGAGCACACUGAGUGGCACUGAGCUGUGGAACCAGGUCCACCAGGAUGCCGUUGAAACAUAUAAUAUCUCUGACAGCCUAGGAUCUGGUCUCAGCCACCUCAUGGAGCACUACGGGCUUCAAAAGCUCUCUGUCCUCAGGGAGUUCUGUUUAAAAACUGGAGUACAGUUGAGACUGAGAGACUACUUCCUCGACAACCAAAGUAAAGCUCCCAUCGGUGGUGAUGACAUCCUUAACAUCUUCCCUGUUGUCAAGUAUGUUCAGAUGCCAAUGGUGGAUGCUACAAAUGCAUAUCAGGCUGCUCAGAGUGCCAAUCAGAAAGAUCUGUUGGAAAAAGCCCAUGAGCACCUGAAAGAAGCAGUCUAUCUGUUUGAUCGGGUGUGUGAUGAUCUGCACCCAGAGGCCUGUUACUGUCUCAGCUUGUUGGCUAAAGUGACCUUCUUACAGGGAAAAGCAGCUGAGGCUCGCAGCGUCCAGCUGAGAACAGUGGUUGUAAGUGAGAGGGUGUUUGGCUUUGAUCAUCCCAAUACUGUCCAACAGUAUGUGCUUUUGGCUGUGUAUUUUUAUGCUGGAGGGGAGAGCGUCCUGGCCCAGAAGUGUCUCCUCAGAGCUCGGCUGUUAAUACUAUCGAUCCACGGAGAAGACCAUCCCUACACUGCCACAGUGGAUAGUUGUCUGGGGUUGGUCUUGACAGGCGACCAGGCAGGACAGUUCCUUAAAAAUGCCUACAGACUGAACACUUCUUUCUUUGGACCCACAAAUUUGCAUACUGCUCUCAAUCAGCAUCUGUUGGCCCAGUGGCUGUGCAGUAAGGGUGACUACCGAACUGCUAUGACCCACGAGAAAGAUGCUCUUGCUGCUUUUACCUCCAUGUUUGGUGAGGAUCACCCUCAGACACGACGCAGCACAGAGUUCCUGUCCACCAUCACUAAGCAAGCAGUGCAGGUGGAACGUUGUCUCAGGCAAGCAGGACCUGACAGCACAGAGCAGACAGUAGAGUGCAUAAACCCCACAGCUGAAACCAUUCUGGAGCAGAUGGUAAUCAUCACAGGGAUCAGAGCGAUUGCACACAGAGACAGGAUCCAGGAGUAUAAACAGAAACUACUGGAACAAAAGACAUCAGAAGCAAAGGAAGAGUCCAAGACAGCAAGAAACAAGCCCGAUGCCUCAGAGACUGCAAAUAGACCAGAGAACUGCUCAGAUCAAGAAACUGAAUGUGGGAAGGAAAUUAAGGAUGGAGGACACCCAGUGGAAGAGAAUGCCAAUGAUAACCAAGAGAAGACACUAGUGCAAGGCCUCUGUGUGGAGAACGCUGCUGUAAUUCCAGCCAACGGUCAUGUAGCAGAGUCAGCCGAACAAAGUCUGAAUGACGAACAAACAGAAGCUAGUGGCGCAGUUUCAGAUGUGGAGCUUGGAGUUAAUGGGGAGGCACCUAAAACUGAUGUACUAAUCAAACAAAAGAGUUGCAUGGCCAACAAAGAGUGCACAAAAGCUGGUACAAUCCUUAAUGAGAUGAAGUCAGAUUAGAUUAACUGUGAAAUAAAUGAAGCCUUGGACAUCACUGCUGGCCCAUCAGUGUUGAAGAAUAAAGAAACUCCAGCAGAUGUUUCACAAGUUACCAAAGGAGUUGGAGACCAAGAGGCUGUCGUCAAUGGGGUAGCAGAUGGUAACAUCACUGCAAACGGACUAACCGACAAGUGAGAACAUACAGGGUGGGCCAAUAAAAUGUUACCACUUUUUGAUCGUACACAAGUUUUUGAAACGAGUAUUUAUUCGAAAAUUUUAUUUUACAGCCUUGGAA